CCCUCCGCGGAGAGGCCGGGCCCGGCCGGGCAAGAUGGCGGAUGGGGUGCUGAGCCCCGGCGUGAACCUGGAGGCCUUCUCCCAAGCCAUCGCCGCUAUCCAGGCGCUGCGCUCCAGCGUGACGCGGGUCUUCGACUGCCUCAAGGAUGGGAUGCGGAACAAGGAGACCCUGGAAGGCCGAGAGAAGGGCUUCGUGGCCGCCUUCCAGGAGAGCCUGCACUCCGUCAGCCGCGACCUGGGUGAACUGGAGCGUCUGAGCAACCUGGUGGGUAAACCAUCUGAGAACCACCCCCUGCACAACAGCGGACUCUUGAGCCUAGAUCCUGUUCAGGACAAAACACCUCUUUACAGCCAACUUCUUCAAGCCUAUAAAUGGUCAAAUAAGUUGCAGUACCAUGCCGGGCUGGCAUCUGGCCUUCUGAAUCAGCAGUCUCUGAAACGUUCAGCCAACCAGAUGGGAGUAUCUGCAAAACGCAGGCCAAAAGCUCAGCCAACAACUCUUGUGCUACCUCCUCAAUACGUUGAUGAUGUGAUCAAUCGGAUUGAUAGGAUGUUCCCUGAAAUGUCUAUCCAGCUAUCCCGGCCAAAUGGAACCUCUGCAAUGCUUCUGGUUACCUUAGGAAAAGUGUUAAAAGUGAUAGUGGUAAUGCGGAGCCUUUUCAUUGACCGGACCAUAGUAAAAGGGUACAAUGAAAAUGUCUAUACUGAAGAUGGCAAGCUUGACAUAUGGUCUAAAUCCAACUAUCAAGUUUUUCAGAAGAUUUCAGAUGCAGUCAGAAGGGAAGAUGUUUGACCUAUGAUAUUAACCUGCUAGAGAUCAAAGGACAGCUUGUGGAGAGGUUGGUUGCUCUUCGUCUCUGCUAGCAUUAAAGCAGAAUUUUGCUGCAGUUGAUUCUUUACCCCAGAGAUUAGUGGAUUAAAUAUUCUUUCUUUUUUACUUGCUCCUCAAAAAUAUUAUAUUUAGUGUCAAGUAGGGUAAUACAGCGGGAAGUAAACCAGUGUAUGUCUUAGUAACCUGUUACUAAGGUUAUUUUUGCAAUAGAAUAAAUUUAGGUUCUGUAAUUAAGUGCUUCAUCUUAAUUUACCCCUCUGUGUGUGUGGUUGUAAACUCAUUUGGGCAUACGAUCCUCUUCCUGGAUGUUUUGGUUUAGAAUAACUGGCAAGGGUUAAGUCAUAUUGCCAUAACUUGAGCUAAAGGAUAAUAAAUCAUGAGGUUUUGAAAAGACUGGAGGAAAAACGGUUGCCUCUAGACCAGUUGAACAGCACCCUGCAUUUUUUACAGUGGUUUUGUGCACUUUGCUCCCCGCUCUGUCACUGUGUUACCUUGGGCACCUUAACCUCUGUUUGGAUCAGUUUUCUGCAUCCCUUAGGCUGGGGUAAUACUUGCUGACUUCACAGGAGCUAUUGCUGAAUUGGUUGCAUAGUGCUCUCUGACUCUCGCAUGAGAAAUGUGAUAAAAAUGCAAGGUGAUGGUAUUUCUAAUCAAUAGAUUCUGUACCAUUGAGCUGAUAGUUGAAGACAUUAAAGCUAGGACCUAAAUCAAGUUUUCAAACAGAUGAUAGAAAAUGCUAUGGUUCAGCUUAGUAAGUUUUCUCUCUUUGGUGCUGUGCUUGGUUUGGUUUAUUCAUUAUUCUCUGAACCUGCACUUGUAGCCAUUUAGAAUACCCAGGACUAGUGAUUUAGCAGUAGCAAAAUGAAGAGAAUUAAUAGUUUCUUUAGCACUAUUUUAUUUUACUCAGUUACUCGUGUAGGAUCCAUACUGCAGGAUCUUCAGAACAAAUGUUUUCAUGCCAUUAAAAAAAUCAUGAGUAAAUGUGUCAGAGCACGUCUGAAUGUUCUUGAAAUGUGUUUCUUGUGGCAGUCACCAGUAACAUGAUGUGGAAGGGCUGUGCUGAGAAGGAAAAAUAUGGAUGGGUAACUGCUCCCACCGAGGAGGCUGGGCAGCCCUUUCAGCUCUGCUGCCUCUAACACUGUAAAGUCAGUCAUCCCUCUGAAGGGCAGGGCUGUUUCUCUUUAAAAGCUGGACCAAGUUCUCGAACUCUGUCUUCAAUGAUAAUAUAACAACAUCUGGAGCUCACAAGAUACCUGGCUGUGGUAGCUGCAGGCCUGUCAAAAUCCUCACAGGGUUGCAGCAUGACUUUCUAGGUUAAGGACCAGAGACCUCUGAUCUUCAAUACAACCCUGUCAAAUGAUGCGAAAUUUGUCCUGACUCUUUGUUUGCAAACGUUGGCUGUGUCAGCAAGCCUUUUCUCUCUCCUUCUUAUUAGGCAGGAUACCCAAGUGUGUAUAAUUUGAUGGGGGACGGCUCCUGGAGGGCCAUUACUGUUAAAGUGUACAGUCAUUUUCAAAGUUCCCUGGAGACUCCUUGAAUCUGGUCCUGGGGUGACUAAGCUUUAUAGGCAUUGAAUCCACCAGCAGGGUUAGAUUCAGAGAAUGGAGCUGGGAAAUAAGAGAGGGAAGGCUGAAAGGGCAAAAGCACAAGGAGCUAAGAAAAGGUUUUUCAGACUUCCAUGUUGGUCUGACAUUUAAGCUCCACAGGAGGGGCAACUGUUUUGAUCUUAAAUCUCUUUAUUUUAUCUUAAACCUCCCCGCAUCUCUUGAUCCACUAGCGCUAGAGGAGGAACAAAACAGGAAAUAAGGAAAUAUUUGGGGGCUUAAAUCUUGGUGGGAAGAAGAGUGAAUGUGAGGGCUGGAAAUUCCAGAGGAUUAAAAAAAUACAUAUUGUAGAGAAAGGUGCAAUAUUCAUAACUUUGCAUUCAAAGAAUAAGCAAAAAUACAGAAUAGCGAACUGCUGUGAGUGGAUCACAAUGGGAGAUGGUGUCAAACAUUAACUGUUUCAUUUAUCAAGCUGCUCAGUUAAGAGCAGCAUAGCUUGUUUUGCUGUAUAAUAUAAUAAUUUUGGCUGUUUAAGUCUUAUACAUAGGCUUAAACCCAUAUAUUUCAAUCUGAUCUCAGAGUCUCAUUCUUAUUUUCACCUAAAUGGUCUCUCAGUUUUAGCAUGCCACAAACUGGUUUUGUUUCGGCUUGACAUGCCAACCAUCAAACUUUCUUCCCAAGCACGUUUUAACCUCACCUUUGAGAAGCUGAUUGUGCCUAUCCAGCUGUUUGUGAGCUGCGUGAUCCCAAAGUGAUGGAACUCCGGAGCACAAUUUUCACCACUACAAGGGCACAUAAGUAUUGUAAUGUAUGAAGAUGUAUUCUUGUCAAUAAUCUCGGAAUAAAAUCACAUGCAGGAUGAAUGCAUGCAUGAGGCAAAUAUUGGGCUAUUGAUGAUGCCUGUUCAAGGAGAGGAGAUGGACUGUUCCAGGGUCACCUGUGUGACUGCUCCUGUGCGUGAUCAGUACUCGCUCUGCUCAAAGACCUCCUUGGGCAACAUAAAAUCUCUGUGACCAAGUCCAAGCAAGCAGAACAUGUGAAAUAAAAACUUAAACACUCUGUGAGCUCUGAAAACAAGUGAUAAAUCCUACUCUUCAGAAAAGUCUGAUAGCGCUUUACUGAACCGGGAGUGGGGAAGGAUGCGUAAAGGGUUUGUGUGGAGUUCAUCUGUGCCUGUUCAUAGAGGCACCAUCUAUCAUCUUUCCGAGCGCCUCUCGGGCGCUGGGUUCUGUGCACCACAUUCCCUCUAGAGAGACUCAAAUGUGUUCCUGGAGAGAAGAUUGAGUAAUGGGAAUCCUUGGCAAUGAAGAAAGGCACUCGGGCGGUUUUCCACACUAUAAAAGGUCUAAACAUUAAUAAAAUAAUUUCCUUUUUUUCUUUCCUUGUAGUGCUGUGAUCAUCCUCCAGAACUCGUUGUUACAGGCUACUGUUAAGGCCGUGAACUUAGCAGGGUUUAAAAAAAAAUUAAAAAACCUUUCAGGGGAUUUAGAGAAUCCCUUUAUAUUAGAUGGAGUUGUCAGUGCUGUACUUGAGGGAAUAAACCAAUAAGUGAGUGGCAAGGAAAGUUAUGAAUCUUAAAGGAAGUUUUGUGCCUUCUUUUGAAAGGUGUAUUAAGUAGCAGUGAGAUGAAAGACUAGAAGAGAGAGACAGCUUCAGUAAUUUAGUCUGUGAUGUUUGUAUUUUUAUGGUUUAGGUUUUAUGCCAGGUAUAGCAAAGCUAUGCCAUAGGUCUUUGCUUUUGUGCUUCUUAGUCCAGUUAGAGGAAGCACUUGUUCAGCUUUCUCAACCUGUGAAUUGUAGAAUGUUUUGGGGGUUUUAAUGAAUUUUUGGCUUUGGGAAUGCUGUAUGACUAACAAGUGUCAUGAAGGCCCAGUAAUGCCAUUUUUUAGAUAUGUCACCACAUUUCAGCAGAGCAGUGGGUAGAAAUGCUGUAGAAAUGACUGCUGUUGGCUGGGUAGGGACAAAUAACAGGGAUUUUGUUUUCUGCCCAUCACCGGUUUUGGUCUCAUGAGCUGUUCCUAACUUUACCGAGCAGGCAAGCAGAGCAGGGGGCUGCACAAGGAGAGCCAGGAGUUCAUGUCUCCCCACUCCACACGUUUCUCACAGCAGCCCGGCCACCCCUGCUCACUUGCUGGGGUCUGCCUGUUCACCAAGUGACAAGUACAUGGGAUUUAAUCAGCACAAAGUCGCGGUGAAGAUGAGAUUUGAUCCAGUAGCAGUCUGUUUUGUAUUCCUGCUGUAUACAGUGCCCGAGAGAAGGGAGCAGAGAUGCAUUUAAGAAGUACGUGGGUAUAGUUAAUUUGAAUUUGGAAGCAAAAAGGAGAAAAAGAAAUAAAAUCUCAGGGCAUAUAAUUAACUAUUAACAAGAAAGGAAGUUUUCUUGUUCAGAUUGAGUCUCUGCCAAUUUCAUUUCUCUAUGUAACUGAAGUCUGUUUUGCUCUGUCUCAAGUGCUUAGUUAAACAAUAGGUAUUUUAUUUAGCAAAAUUGUGCUUCAGGAGAUUGCCCUGUCUUGCCUUUUUUCGGACAAAAAUUCCAAGUGCUUUUCAAUAUAUGAAUUGUGAAAUAUUGAGCUUUUCUGCAAGAUCUCUUGAAAAUCUAUUUCAAGGUCCAGAGGAACAUCUAUCCCAAUUAAUGUGUGCUCUUCUGAAUAUGUGCCCAUAUAAAAAGAGGUAGACAAAUUACAAAGUGACUGAUAACUUAGGUAGCAGUUGGUAAGGUAGAGCAAUAAAAGUGAAGUUAAUAAGAUAAAACAAAACCCUGAAAUGUACAAAAUGUCAUCCUGCACCCAGAAUAAAUUACCUUGUGAUUCCAACUUAGCUGGAAGCAAAAGCGUGUCCCUUAAGUGAGCUGGCGCAUACGCAGUUUGCUUUGCCUUUGCUUUGCUCUGCUCUGGUGUGAAAUCAUAUUGCCAUCAGUAAGGCUGGUAUUGAUCUUCACUCCCCCCCCUCUCACCUUUUCUUUUUCCUCCUCUUUUUUUUAAUCUUGGCCAGUGUGUGCUUUCUCUCAUCAUCUCUGUUAUCUUAGGGGGGUUUAAUUCUUCCUCCCAUUGUAACAUUUGCCCAGCUCUUUCCUGUUUGAUAUCAUUCUUUGCAGGGUGGGUUAGCAAGAUCGUUCCCAUACUCCUCUUCCUCAAAUUUCACACCCACUUUGAUCUUUUUUAGAAGCAUUUUAUCAGCACUUGCUUAUGGCAAAAAUCACCUCCGUUUUGUUCUGAAAACAUUACUAGUGUUCUAGCAAUGCCGGGAUGGCUUUUAUCUCCCUGUGGAAUCUCAUUAGCUUUACAUUACAAUAGGAACAGCAUAUGUGCGACUGUGCCAAAGUGGCCAGUCAAUUUAAAUUUGUAAUAGCAGUAUGUUUUUUAAGCAACUUUCUUCUGCCAAAAGAAAGCAACUUUGUUGUUCAAUGAAAAAAAAAGAGCAAAAGCAGUUUGUUAGAAGUAGAAAUACAGCAGAAGGAGAGCGGUUGCUCAUAAAUACCUUCAGAACUUUCUAUUGUUUGCCAUGUCUGGUACUGUCCUAUAAAAGCACCAUCUUAAAAGAAAAGAAUUCAUAUAGCACGUAGGGCGUGGAUUGCAGACAUUUCUGAACACUGCAGAGAUGUGUUUAAAAGAAAGGACUGAUUAAAGUUCUACUGUGCUAUUUAUGCACUGUUAAUCACCUAAUUUCUAAUAUUGUUUUUAAUAUGGUGAUAUACAAAUGGCUUAAGCAGGUUGAGGUCCAUUUUGUGACUGCUUUUGCAAACUCACCACAGUGUGCACAGUCCCAGAAGUUUUCCCUUCGAAAUGUCAGAGUCAUAUGUCCGUAUUCAUACCGAAUGGAGCUGCUUUUGGAGUGAGUUGUGCACGACUGAUGGGGAGCAGAAUCCGUUUCUAAAAUUGUAGUG